CCAAGAAGAACAUGGAGGAGGCGGCUCUUCCGGGGCGGAGGAACUUGGGCUGGAGGCAGUAGGCCUGCUGGCGCUGGCUCGGCGACCGCCGUUGAGUGGCUGCUGCUUCCCCGGGGCUCCGAUGCUGCCUAGGCCUCGCCAGGAUGGCGGCGGUGGCGGUGGCAGGGGGAGCCGGGCAGGAGAAGCUCUUGGCCCCGGCCCUCCUCAGCUUCUUCGUCUACAACCCGAGGAUGGGGCCUAGAGAAGGGGAGGAAGAGAAAAAGAUCCUGUUUUAUUACCCAAACGAAGUAGAGAAGAAUGAGAAGAUCAGGAGCGUCGGGUUGUGUGAAGCCAUAGUACAGUUCACAAGGACUUUUAGCCCUACGAAACCUGCAAAAUCCCUUCAUACCCAGAAGAACAGACAGUUUUUCAAUGAGCCUGAAGAAAAUUUCUGGAUGGUUAUGGUUGUACGGAAUCCCAUCAUAGAAAAACACAAAGAUGGAAAAUCCGUUGUGGAAUAUCAAGAGGAAGAAUUAUUGGACAAAGUUUAUAGUUCAGUGUUACAGCAGUGUUAUAAUAUGUACAAGCUUUUUAAUGGCACCUUCCAAAAAGCCAUGGAAGAUGGAGGGGUAACGUGUUCUAAGACCGUUCUAGAAAAAUUCUUCCAUCGGUACUUGCAGACACUCCAUUUACAGUCGUGUGACCUGCUGGAUGUUUUUUGUGGAAUCAGCUUCUUUCCAUUGGAUAAAAUGACUUACUUGAAAAUUCAGUCAUUCAUCAAUCGAAUGGAAGAAAGUUUAAGCAUAGUCAAAUAUACCGCUUUUCUCUACAACGAUCAACUCAUCUGGAGUGGAUUGGAACAAGAUGAUAUGAGAAUUUUAUACAAAUAUCUCACCACGUCUCUCUUUCCCAGACACAUAGAACCAGAGUUGGCAGGGAGAGAUUCCCCAAUCCAUGCGGAAAUACCUGGAAAUCUACAGCAUUAUGGAAGGUUUCUCACUGGACCUCUGAACCUGAAUGAUCCAGAAACAAAAUGCAGAUUCCCCAAAAUAUUUGUAAACACAGAGGGUGCUUAUGAAGAGCUUCACUUAAUUGUUUAUAAGGCUAUGAGCGCAGCUGUUUGUUUUAUGAUUGAUGCCUCUAUGCAGCCUACGCUGGAAUUUUGCCGCAAACUUGACAGCAUUGUUGGGCCUCAGCUCACAGUAUUAGCUUCAGACAUAUGUGAACAAUACAACAUCAACAAGAGGAUAUCAGGGUCUGAGAAGGAACCUCAGUUUAAAUUCAUCUACUUCAAUCAUAUGAACUUGGCAGAGAAAAGUACAAUCCAUAUGAGGAGAACGCCCAGCAUCUCACUCACAUCGGUUCACCCUGACUUGAUGAAGAUUCUUGGGGACAUCAACAGCGACUUCACUAGGGUUGACGAUGAUGAGGAAAUCAUAGUGAAGGCUAUGAGCGAUUACUGGAUUGUCGGGAAGAAGUCUGAUCAGCGGGAACUGUAUGUAAUUCUGAACCAGAAGAAUGCAAAUCUGAUUGAAGUGAAUGAAGAAGUAAAGAAACUUUGUGCAACGCAGUUCAACAAUAUUUUCUUCUUGGAUUGAUCAGCAAACGGUCCACUCCUAUGAAGAUGGCAUUAGAAAUGUCUGGAAAGCAUUUUUGUUUACUGUGACAGGUUAUUAAGUCAUAUUAUUGACUGGAAUAAUGACAAUAGUAAAGCAAUACUUGCUUUGUAAGAAUCAGAUUUCUACUAAAACUGUACACUCUCUGAUCAUAGGAUUUUUAGAUUUUAAAAUAUUUAUGUGCAAAUUAAUUAAAAUGGGUCUGAAUUAAAUAUGCGUCAUUCCAUUUCUUGGAAACUGUUAUGUGAAUAUUUUACUGGCAAAAUAAAAUUAAUCAUUGUUACAAUUUUAA